AUGUCAGACAAGUACGUGUGGUUUAAAGGGAUACCUCUCCCUGCUGUUGAUUUCAUACCCGAACUCCUGAGAGAAGAGUGGGAGAAUUUUGUGUUUAAGGAUGAAGAUGUCUUAAUAGUGGCUUACCCCAAAUCAGGAACGAACUGGUUGAUUGAAAUUCUCUGCCUGAUUCACUCCAAGGGGGAUCCCAAGUGGAUCCAAUCUGUGCCCAUUUGGGAACGCUCACCCUGGGUAGAGGCUGAGUAUGGGUAUAACAUACUAAAGGAUAAGGAAGGCCCCCGCCUCAUCAGCUCCCACCUCCCCAUCCAACUCAUCCCCAAGUCUCUCUUCAGUUCCAAGACCAAGCUGAUUUAUCUCAUCAGAAAUCCCAGAGAUAUUCUCGUGUCUGGUUAUUUUUUCUGGAGUAUUUCGAAGUUUGUUAAGAAACCAGAGUCAAUGGAAGAAUAUUUUGAAUGGUUCAUCCAAGGAAAUGUGCCAUAUGGAUCCUGGUUUGACCACAUUCAUGGCUGGAUGUCCAUGAAAGGGAAGGAGAACUUCCUGAUACUGAGUUAUGAAGAGCUGAAACGGGACACAAGAAGCACUGUAGAGAAGAUCUGCCAAUUCCUGGGCAAGAAAUUAGAACCAGAAGAACUGAACUCACUCCUCAAGAAUAGCUCUUUCCAGGUCAUGAAAGAAAACAAGAUGUCCAAUUAUUCCCUCCUGCAUGGUCAGUAUUUAGAUGAGAAGAAUGGAUCAUUUAUGAGAAAAGGCAUUUCUGGGGACUGGAAAAAUCACUUCACAGUGGCCCAAGCUGAAGCCUUUGAUAAAAUAUUCCAAGAGAAGAUGGCAGAUCUUCCUCAAGACCUGUUCCCAUGGGAAUAAUGUUCAAAAAUUCUAGAUCUUAUUUGAAUAUUGAUAUUUGUUUUCCUGUCCUUGUACAUGCGCAUGAAGGAGGGUAAUUGCAGAAAACCUGUAUUUCACCCUGGGGCCUCGAGUGAUCAAAUCUUUGCAUCUUUGAGGGCUUGAUUGUUAAAAAUUACCAGGGUACCAUUAAUUCAU